AUGUGGAUGCAUCGGUCUUCGCUGAAUCUACAAAAGACGAUGUUCAUGCGGAACGGAUGGGUCUCGGAUGCCCCAUUCACGCUCAACGGAACGAACAUAUCUGAUGCACCAGUACGUUUAUCUGGGUCGGGAAUUGAACAUGAUGAACGACCUGACCCCGAGCUGGCAGGAGGAGACAGCGGCUUGGGGAGCGUACAAGAGCAUCGAGGAUGUAGUGUGAAGACCAGGAACACCCGGCUCCGUGCUCACCUCUUCAACACCACCGUACUUCCUGCUUUGACCUAUGCUUCGGAAACUUGGGCAUUUCCGCAGGAAGAAACGCGGUGGCGUCAUUGA